AUAAGGGACAUACUUCCACAUGUAAAAGUUAAUGAACAGCAAUUUGUUGUAAAACAUUUAAUGGAUUUUGCAAUUGAAAGCAGGAACUACAUACUGCUAUCGGAGCUUGUGCGCUUGUUUGCAUUUCAUUGUGACUUUCAGUUGGAAACAUUAUUUAUGAAAACUUCUAAAAAGAUAAAUGUUGUUAUUGUUGACACAAUUUUACAGUCAGCAAAAUGCAUGAUUCUAAGAAAAUAUGGAAGUCUUCUGCUAAAUUCAAUUCAGUUGUCUUUGUGCUAUGACUGUGAAAAGGGAAAUCUUGUAACUAUUGCUUUUUCAUAUAAAGGUAGUAUAGAAAGGAUUGAUAUAACCCAGGAAAAAGUCAUGGGAAAGAAAAUGUUCAUUUAUAAUCAAACAAACCCAUCUAAAGAAGCAUGUAUUGUUUUUAAGUCCUAUGCAACCUCACAUUCAAAGGAAACAUUGCCAACAAUCUCAGAAAAAGAAGCAAGAGAAUUGUUCAAAAGACAUUCCAAUCUAACAAUGAUAUCAGCUUCACCUUGUAAAUCAGUGGGAUAUUCAAAAGGAAAACACAGGAUCGUGGAAAAACCUUGUAUUCUAUUAUUAUGUUUACAUAAAGGAUACAUUCCCUAUGGAGAAGGAGAGUUCCCAAGAAAAAUUGGAGAUGCAGAGGUAGAUGUUCAAGAGGGCUUCUGUAACUUUGGAAAGUCGCUAGAAAUGGGAGGAGAUAUCCGUCGUAAAGGGAGUAAGAGUGUUGGGAGUAUUGGUGGGUUUGUCAAUCUAACUGGAAGUAAAAUUGGCUUAAUAACUUGUGCUCAUGUGGUUCUAUCUCAUAAAGAGCUGGAAAAGAGACGAUUAGAUUAUCUUCCUGAGGUAGAGACAUUUAUUAAUAGUGCCCAUUCAUAUAAAGUGUGUGGGAAAGUUAUAAAUGCAGAGUUUCCAAAACCCGACGAUUGCAAUUUAAAUCCAUUAGAAGGAUCUAGUGUCGACGCUGCACUUAUUGAACUCACCUCAUCAUCAAGUGUCGCAGGUUUUCUUACAGUGACAGAGGAGCAGUUGCGUUCUGCAGGAUUUCAAGCAGACAAACCACCAAAGUUCCAUGGGAAAAUUAUCCCAUUGCUUAACUUGCCAAAGUUGGUUUCUGAUAGUGUUGUGAAAUACGGAGCCACGACAGGAUUAACACUAGGCUGUCUCUUCAAUGAAUGUAUGCAUGUUCGCAUCAAUUCGGACAACUUGAACUUAUCUGAUAUUCUAGGAUCAAGUGAUCCAAGGCAUGUUACUGUGUAUAAUCAAAUGGAAAUUGAAAGUUUGCGUGGACAGUUCUUUGAUUUAGGUGACUCAGGAUCCUUUGUGUUUUGUAUUAAUCAGGAUGAAAUACUUAGUUGUAUUGGAAUGGCAAUAGGAUACACAUCACGUGGCACGUGUCUGGUGACUCCUAUAGAGAAUGUUUUGAAGUCUCUUAAUUUACCGGUGACAAGUAACUGCAUCAUUCCAGUGGAAGCAAGAUUACCUCCAAGUGUCAAACCAAGCAUAGAGACAACGGCAAUAUUAAAUGCUAUUUCACAAAUGAAAUCGGACUUUGAUGAGCAACAAAAAGAUACAGAAAAACGUCUGAUUGAGCAACAAAAAAGUAUAGAGAAACGUCUGAUUGAGCAACAAAAAGAUAUAGAGAAACAUCUGAUUGGGCAACAAAAAGAUAUAGAGAAACGUCUUGUUGAGCAACAAAAAGAUAUCCAAGAUAUAAAGGGAAAGCUAACUAAAUCCAAUCCAUCACAAAAUUAAUCGGGCACGUAAUAUUAAUCCCAAUUGAAAGAAAUAAGUGCUACAAC